AUGUGUCAUGAAGGUGACGAGGGGGAUGAUGCAACAAUAUGGUCACGUGGUGGGUGACGUAAACCUAUCCAGACGCCAAAACAUCGUAUGACAACUAAACUUGUUGUGUGUCAUGUAGAUAUCUUCGUCUGUGAAAUCGUUGACGUCGUCAAAAGCAGAAAUAAUAUUUCAUAUUUCUUAAAUUCUUAAGUGAAAAUAUGCAAAGAUUUGGUCGUUUGGAGUUCCGCUUUUAGUCAAUGCCUUUAUCCAUGUAAAAGGAUUUUAUGUGAAGCCCUUGGAACAUGGUCUGUAUAACAAAAGCGCUAUAUAAAUGCUAUAUCUUUAUUUCUUUAGGUUAUGUCAUCAAAAUAUUUAAAGUCUAAGAAAAUUUAAUAAAAUCAAACAAAUAUUAGUUAUUAUUUUUAUUAUAAUAUAAUAAUAAAAAUAAUAACUCACAAUAAUAUUAAAAGACCCCUAAAAUCUUAUGCAUUCACAGGCCCUUUUUCCUAAUAAAUGACAUCGACAAGCUUCCUCCAAGUCUCCCUAAAACAAAUUUCAAAGUUGAACCUAAACUCAAAAAAUUCAUUGCCUUAUAAUUUCAAACCUAAUUAUGAGGCAAUUAAUUAUUGAUUAUCUGGAGCUUAAGAAUCACCGGCUUUUGGCAGUCACAAAACAACUCCCUGAGAGUUAAGGAAGAAAAAUCGCCAUGUACCCCGUCCACGUAUGCACGCCAUGAGGGAUGUUCAUCGCUUCCUCGCCUCGCUUGUCGGGAUCUUCUACUUGACCUGCCGUCUUGGAGGUGCAACACCAAAAUCACUUUGCCGAAAGGUUUUACUUUUGGAGCCGUCAUCUGAACAUGCGCUAAGGGGGCAUCUGCUGACUAACAUCACCGUGCCCUCUGCUAGCUCCUGUAGCUUCUUCUGCUUCGACACGCCCGAGUGCUUCUCGUACAACGUGGGGCCUGGGCCUGAUGAGCUGGAGUUCACGUGCGAGUUGAGUGACAGCGACGCCGCCCAGCAUCCAGACGACCUCGUGCCCAGACCGGGCUUUACGUACCAAGGAUACGAGAACGCCUGUUUGACAAGUGUUCCAUGUUCGUCUCACCGAGCUUGUCGUAUUGGUUAUGAAGAUCCUUUCAGAUGCACGUGCCAAAUGAACUAUACUGGACUGAGCUGCGAGCUUCCAAAGAACGUGAAGGUUGAUGUGUUAUCUGCAGGGUUAGAUGACGAUGUGGGAUCGGAUUAUUGUAAUCUAAAGGUCGAUGGAACUGAAUACUGCCUGAAGGUACGAGGAAAUAUGAGGGGUCAUAAUAUUGCCGCGUUUUACAUGAACGGAACUCUGAUCGCAAACGCCGCGUUUGAUACUCAUCGGGAUGAGGCCGCCCCAAAUAAUAUGAGCUACUUGAUCGAUUCCCUCCCAUCAAACACGCUCGUACUCGUAGCAGUGCAGGACUCAGCAUUUGUUCGCAAGUCUCCUGCUGCUAUACAAUCCCUCAUAGCUCUUGGUGCUGUGCCGCCUGUAUGGCCCAAUGGUCAUAGGGCCUCCUGGUUCCUGAUUGGCUACAAGGGGGAGCCACGCCCGUCCUGGGUCAAGCAAGGCUUUGCUGAUCGAUACCAAGGUCCAUCUAACGGAACAGCGGUGUUCCCCAGGGAGGGCUGCCUCCCACAUGGAAACCAAAUAGAAAAAUGGUGUAGCAGUCCUUGAGAAAAUAGCAAAUUGUAGACGAGGGGCCCAUUUUAAAACCAAGUUUAUCAUUUAUGUGUUGGGUAGUUUUGCAUAGAAAACUGAGCUUAUACGCGAUGAUAAGACCUCGAGCACGCGCCUUGUGGCUCAUAGAGGAACUCAAUGUUUUUAAAUAAGUCUGCGUCACGCCCACGAAGGGGUGUUAUUUAUUUACUCACCAACAUUAUCCCGACUUUGUAGAUUACUUUUACCGCAAUUUUCAAUAUUUCUGCAAAAUCUUGCCAAUAAUUUCCAACUGAUAAAUCGACUUCUAGCUUCUGUCAUUUAAAUAUACGGAAUAACAUUUGCGGCGUUUUCAUUGGUCAGCACACCAUGCAUAGAGGUGGUGUGAUUGGAAACCAUUUUGGUGUUGGCCAAUGGCAACUCUUCAAGGAAUUUGAAUGACGGAAGUGAUUUAGCUGUUGGAACUCGUCGACGAGAGUUCGCCGAAUACUAAAAACUGAAAUAAAACUAGCUUAAUAUUUAGUGGCGAGCGCGAUUAGUUUCGCCGAGGAAGGGUACUUUUAAAAUGUUGUUUGUUAGGAAUUCAUCAACAUUCAUGCUGAUUCGUGUCUGAUAUAAUGCAAUUCUUGUUUAAUUAUGUAAGUCGAAAUGAUAGAGAGAAAAAUAGAACAUAUUCAGCACAUUUCACCAAUUCAAACCGUAAAACAUGACAAAACCGCUAGAAAUAGAUUGAUUGUAACUAUAUUUCCCCUAUAAUCAAAUGAAAACACUCCACAAGG